GCGCGUUCGCUUUUCUUAUUACAGUCUGCCACGUUAGCCAAAGAAUUUCGCUCGAAGCAUACCUACUGGCACCUCGACCAUGAAAACUUUCCUUGUUGUCUGCCUUUUGUCCGCUGUUGGCCUUGGAAAUGCCGAAGAGGGCACACUUGGUGCGACAGCUACGGGAAGUCUGUCAGGGGAGCUACGAGGAGGAAUCGAACGUGUGGGCCCCAAUGGUCGUCCGGGCGUGACAGUCUCCUUUGGUGGCACUAUCCGUGGUAGCAUUGGCGGCCGGGGACGAGGAAUUGGCAGCGCACCGGCAUCAAGCAGCAGCACAGCUACAUCAAGCAGCAGAUCUGAGCCUGGGAGUUCCGGGAACUAUCCACAACCCACCGGUGUUGGAGCAGGCAUUUAUGGAAUGCCUUACGGUGGCUGGUACUACCCAAAGUAUAGCCCGUAUGAUCAAUACGGCCCGUAUGCUGAGCACGGCCCGUACCCACAGUACGGCCCCUACGGUCGCUACGCUCCGUACGGCUACGACGAGUAUCGUCGGUAUUCCUCCUAUCCCAGAGUGUACGGUAAUUUCCGUGACUGGAACAACGACUACGACUGAGCCGCCCGUUCCGGCACCGCAGCUGUUCUAUAGCUGCGUCUCCUGUUACUCCUGUCCGUCUAUCAUGCUCAAGCUAAAGUAUGCUCUGCAAACCGUGGCUAUGAUGCAGAAAAAAAUAUAUUGAAUGUCAGACAUAUCUCCAACAAUUACAGCUUUUAUGUAGGUGCCUCGAAAGUUUAUGAAAUAAUCCACACUAGAAGCGACGACCAAAAUUCUUCAAUAAAGCCGCUUGAUAGAAUUACUGUGGGGAUUCAGGGUAAUGCUACAUUAUACA